CAUGGAUGCUACACGUGUUUUAGUGGUGAUUUAUUUAUUAUGUACGAGUGUAAUGUUUGUUUUGUGCACCUUGUUUACUAGUGAAGUGAAACUGCCGCAAGGAACAUUGAAAGGUGUAAAACUAGGAGGCUACAAUGCUUACUUGGGAAUUCCGUACGCUUCUGUCCCAAAGCGAUUUCAUGAACCGGGUCCCGCGCCGACUUGGACGAACACAUUUUACGCUACGGACGGUUCAAUUAAAUGCUCCCAAACACUGGCCAUGCUGAAAAUAGCAGUUGGUCGUGAAGAUUGCUUAGUAGCUAACAUUUAUACUCCAAAUGAAAUUCGUCCGUCUAAUUUACUUCCAGUUAUGGUAUUCAUUCAUGGUGGAGGAUUUUAUUUUGGAAGUAAUACCAAUCUACUGUACGACGGAAAAUAUCUAGUGAAAAAAGGUGUAAUAGUGGUCACGAUAAAUUAUAGGCUUGGUGCUUUUGGAUUCUUGUGUUUAAAUGAUACAGAAGUCACAGGAAAUAUGGGCUUGAAAGAUCAAGUUGCAGCAUUAAAAUGGAUAAACCAAAAUAUCGAAAGUUUUGGAGGAGAUCCUAACUCAGUUACCUUAAUUGGGGAAAGCGCUGGAGCAACCUCCGUACAUUAUUUAAGUUUAUCGGAAUCUAGUAAAGGUUUAUUUAAAAGAAUUAUCUUGGAAAGUGGCUCGAUACUUAUACCCAUUUCAUUUGAAGAGAAUCCUUUGGAUAAAGCAAUAUUGUUAGCUUCCAGACUUGGCUACAAUUUAACCGAUCAAAACGAAAUUUUAAAAGUUCUACAAUACGCGGACGAGAAAGAUAUCGUAAAAGCUUCGGAUACUAAUAAAAAAAAUAAUAAUGGUGAGUCCUUUAUCUUUCAGCCGUGUUCUGAAAAUACAGAGAAAAGUAAAAAUCCGUUUAUAACAAUCAGCCCCAGAAAUCUAUUAAACUCUUUUCAGCUAGAUCCAAACAUAGAAGUCAUAAUAGGUUUUAAUGAUAAGGAAGGAGUCAUGUUCGCAGGAGAAUUUAAAUCAAUGGACUUAGACAAUCUUGAAAAGAAUUUAACGAAAAUUAUACCCCGGAAUCUAAGGUUUCAAAACCAAAAUGAAAUAACAGAGCUGGUCAAGGGUAUCAGAAAAUUAUAUUUUGAAGAUAAACCGAUAACACGAGCUAGUUAUGAUGGGCUUAUUAAUUAUUUUUCGGACUCAAUAAUAAUUUAUCCUUCUAUAGAAACAACACAUUAUUUCUUAAAGGCCAAUGCUACUGUGUAUAAUUAUAUUUUUAAAUACGACUCUAUACGAAAUUUAAAUAAAUUUGUAUCCGGUCUACCGUUAACGCCCGGAGCAAAUCAUGCAGAUGAAUUAUUUUAUAUAUUUGACCCAAUAUUCUACAAAUUUCUACCAAAUUUACCAAAAGAUGAGAAGAUGAUAGAUGCAAUGACUAGUUCUUGGACUAACUUUGCAAGAACAGGGAAUCCUUCGACUACUAAUGUAAACUGGGUAAAGAGCGAAAGAAACAAGUUAAAUUUUUUAUCCUUAGGAAAUGAAAUAAAGUUAACAUCUCUACCAUUCGAAGAACGUAUAAGUUUCUGGAGGGAAGUUUACCGAAAAUAUGCCGCAUAUUAAAUUAUAUUUAAAGUUUUGAAUUGUUUAAUUUUAUGUAAGUAAAACAUAAAGAAUGGAUAACCCUUUA